AUGGCGGUUUGUUUACAUUUCGUUGCGGUUAUCAUAUGGUUCCCGUGGUUCGAUAUUCGGUCGAGCUUUCUUUUCGUCAAUCUCAUCGUGGCGAUCGUGGUGCUCGGUGGACUGUUGGCAACGAUCGAAAAGCAUCUGCCCACUGCCAUCCGGCAGACGUUCCGGUAUGACAAGCAUGCACUGAAGGGAUCAUCGGACCGAUUGGUGUCCCUGCUGGAGAUCCUGAAGCCAGCGCGGGACUACGUAAUCGCCUUCCUCGAUACGUUGGCAACCAACAAGCGUAUGGUGCGCACCACGCCUACCGAGACGAUGGUUGCCAUGACGCUGAUCACGCUGCAGUGUUUGCGCCGGUUCUACGAGACCUGGUUCGUGCAGGUGUUCUCGAGCAAGCUGAAAAUCACCCACCAGUGGUACGUGGAAAACAUUCACAACUAUCUGAAGCAAAGGAAAGCACUCGUCCCGUUCGUUCUGUGA